AUGGCAGACAACCCCUCAGCGCCCCUCUUAGGCGCCGAGCAGUCAAGUAAACCCUCUUCCAUCAGGUCACAAGGAUCAAAACGAUCACAGCACUCUCAGCACUCGAGAAAUUCAGAUGAGAGCCGUCCACUCCUCGCAGAUGACUCGGAUCAUAGAGAUUACGGUGACGCACCACAAUAUGAUGAUGCUCAUUCACCCGCUGCUUCGUCUCUGAGAUCGUUGAACACAGGAUCGACCAAGAAGAGACCGUGGAGAUGGCCCUCUAUCAUUGCUCUCACCAUUUUAUCCCUCUUGAUCUUAGUCAUAUUGGGCCUAGGCUUUGCAGCACCUAGUGUAAUGCAAGAAUAUGCGAAAGAAGCAGUUGUGUUUGAACCCACAGGGCUCUCGAUCGAGUCAUUUACUAGCACAGGUGUGCAAGUACGAGUACAAGGUGAUAUCAAGAUGGAUGGUACAAGGGUCCACAAAAAGCCAGUUCGUGAUCUUGGCAGAGCAGGAAGUUGGAUUGCGAAAGCUGUUCAGAGCAAGCAAUCUCACAUCGAAGUCUACCUCCCAGAUUUCAGCGAUGUGUUGGUUGGUACUGCAGAUAUCCCUUCAAUUAUCGUCAAUAUCAGGGAUGGUGCAACGACUCAUGUCGAUUUUGUCAGUGAUCUUUCUGCUGGAGAUUUAAAUGGCUUAAAGGAUGUUGCACAAAACUGGGUGGCCGGCAAGAUUAAGAGCUUGAAUGUUCGUGCUUUAGCCAAAGUAUCGUUGAAGACUGGUAUAUUCGAUUUGGGUGAACAAGAGAUGUCAGAGACCAUGACAUUUGGAGGCAAUGACCUACCUACCAUUCCUCAAUACAACAUAGCCAGAUUGAAUUUCCAUGAUGUCGAAGUGCCGGAAAUUGGAAAUGCUCUCGAGGCUGACGUCUCAAUCAUCAUUUCCAAUGACUACCCUUUCCGGUUUGACAUUCCUCCUCUCGGCUUCAAUGUUCUAGUCCCGGGAUGCACUCCAGAUGUACCUCUGAUCAGCGUCGCUGACGCCUACACGAAAAGCAUUACCGUGGAACCAAAGCAAGACAUUUCUGUCUACGUCAAUGGUUUGGUCAAAACGCUAUCUGGCGACUUGACAGCCACUUGUCCAAACGUACUCAAAUCCCCGUUAGAUACUCUCGUAGGAGACUACAUUCAUGGAAGCGAGACGAGACUCUAUGUUCGUGGGUCUGAAGCCCCCGUCGAAGAUACACCACAGUGGAUUUCCGAGUUUUUACAGAGCAUCAUUCUGCCAGUCGAUUUUCAAGGGAAAACGUUCGAGAACCUUAUUCGUAAUUUCUCCCUGGAAGAUGUGCAUUUCAGCCUUCCGAAUCCGUUUUCGGGCCCGGAUUCUCCUGAUUCAAAACCACGGGUCUCCGCUACCGUACAGGCAUUGGUCGGCUUACCUGAUGAAAUGAACUUUGCAGUCAAUGUCAAUCACGUGCGAGCGAAUUCAGACAUAUUCUAUCAGGGCAAGAAAUUAGGAGAGCUCGAUCUCAGCAAAUGGCAAGACGCAAAUUCUACCCGCGUUGAAGCACACGGCUCUGAAAAAGCUGGACUUGCAGUGUCGUCUAUUGUUGAUGAAGCCCCUAUCAAUGUCACUGAUAAUGCCGUCUUCUCGAAAGUCAUCCAGGCGGUGGCAUUUGGUGGAAAGAAAGUCGUCCUGAGUGUCAAAGCCAAUGUAGACGUCGAGACAGUAACGGUUCUCGGUCAUCUUGUUCUCCGGGGUAUACCGGCAGAAGGCAGUGUCUUUGUCAACCCACUUUCGACGGGUGGUAAUGAUCUGAAAGCAAUUGCUCCACAGGUCGGCUUUCUUGAGAUACUAGAGACUGCCCGGUCAUCGCUUAAACUUGGGGCUAAAGUCAACAUCACUAAUCCAACAGAAUAUUCCGCGACGGUACCCUAUCUAAGUAUCAGACUUUUGAACAAUGGCACUGAGCUUGGCGACGUCUAUGCCCGAAAUGUUGAGAUCAAACCUGGGACCAACUACAAUAUAUCAGUCGAAGCUGUUUGGAAUCCUAAGGGUAGAAGAGGCGCGGCCCAAGGACGAGAAGUCCUCUCGCAAUAUGUUUCAGGCUUUAAUGUGACACUCUCAUUCCGGACCCAUGCGGGUACAAUUCCUACCCAACCAGCUCUUGGCCUCGCACUCUCCCAAUUUCCAAUCGAUAUCCCUGCACCUUCUCUCAACCCACCUAGGAAACCCUCAAAGCCUGGCGAUGAACGCGGACCUGAUGCACCUUCCUUCAUAGACGAUGCUACCUUUCACAUCUUCACUUCGACGGCCACUUUCACGAUCCUCUCUCCACUGCGGAAAACGAGCCUUUUCGUAACUCAUCUGAAUGCAACAGCUUUCUACAACCACACUGAGCCCGUUGGAUCGAUCCUUUACGACUUACCCUUUGAAGUUCCUCCUGGUAUUAGUGAGUCUCCUAAUCUUCCAGUCGACUGGGACCUAGCAGGUGUUGGAUAUCAAGGUUUGAAAGAUGCCGUAGGAGGUCGCCUGAAGUUAGAUGCGAAGGCAAAUGCUAAUAUCAAGAUCGAUAACUGGGAGCAGGAUCUAUGGGUUUUAGGGAGAGGCAUCGGCGCCCACAUACGUUUGUAG